CAGUCUGGCUUGUGCUGAUACAUCAAUAAAUAUCCAUCCUUCACUUGCAUAUUCAUACAUACUUUCUCAUCUGGGGAAGGAAACCUCAAGCUGAGAAAAAUGAAGCUGUCCUGCAUGGUUGCUGCUUUAAUGAUUUCUGUGUUCAGCACAGAUGCCCAGCAACAGUCUAACUAUGCGAAUCCACCUAUGAUGGAGAGCUAUUAUGGUUCAGUUCCCCCUGAACAGUCUUUGUCUACACAACGUUUGCCUGGUGAUAAUGUACAAACUGAGUAUUUUCCCGCUGCUCCUCCUAGUCCUCAAUAUUUUGCUGGCCCUGCACAAGCUUCCUCUUCUGUCUAUGCACAAAGUGACAGCCGUCCCCUUGCACCACAUGUCCCUUAUGCUGGUGUACCACAGGCUCCUGCCACUGGUGUACCACGUGCCCCUUGUCCUUGUGCACUACGUGCCCCUGCCACUGGUGUACCAUAUGCCCCUGCCAUUAGUACACCAUAUGCCCCUUGUCCCUGUGCACAACGUGCUCCUGCUGGUGUACCACGUGCCCCUUGUCCCUACGCAUCACGUACCCCUGCCACUGGUGCACGUGCCCCUUGUCCCUGUGCACGACGUGUCCCUGCCACUGGUGUAACACGUGUCCCUGUCACCGGGGUACCACGUGCUCCUGCUGCCAAUGCACUACGUGCCCCUUGUCCUUGUGCAGCACGUGCCCCCGCCCCUGGUGCACCACGUGCCCCUGCUACUCCUGCAAAACGUGCCCCUCCUCCCUCUGCACAAUAUACCCGUGCUGCCUUUCCAUAUCUUGGGCCUUCAGCCUCUCUUUCACCUGGUGCUAAACCCCCUGGUACAUCUGCAUUGCCUGCCUCUGAAGGACCUGAGUCUGCUGCCUCUGGAACACCUGGUUACACUGGCGAAAAUACUUCUGUCUCCACAGAUCAGACUUCUCAGAAAUCUUCACAGGUCAAAUCCCAGUCUCCUGAAGAUACAACUGAGCUAGAAGUAUAAAUCAAAGCAUCUCACUAGGAAAACGUAUGCUGACUCUCCAACUGCAUUUGUGAAGAAUAAAAAAAGAGCCACCCCAGAUACUUUCUCUUGCCAGCUUCCAUAAUUUCUUCUUAAUCAAGGAUCAAAGGGGAACUACAACUCUCUUCUGAGAAGGACUCCAGCAAUCCUACUUCUUUCUGUUGAUUUUAGGGCACUUUCUCUUAAUUGUGAACACUGGAUACUCUACAGGAAUAAACAUUUGCAAAUAAAUAUGUGUAGCAUUAUCACA